UGGAGAUCAGCAUCCCUCCUCCUCGGCAUCCUCUCUCUCUAACGCUCCACGUCACUAUACAGCUUUUUCUCUUCUUUCAAAGCAUCCUUUUUUCCCCCACUUCGCCUCAUGCUUAUUCAAAGAGAUACUUACCUGGUUGAAAAGCGGAUUUGAGCCAUUGCUCACGGAAUCGAAUCGUUCGAGAUUUUUUUUUUCUGUUUGUUUACGCGUCUAUAAUGAAACUAAGUCAUUUGAUUAUGUAAUUUCUGCAAUAUUCCACUACCGUAAAUUUAAUUACUGUUUUUCGUAGAAAUGCUUCUUUCGUGUUUAUUUUAUUGAAAAUCUAUUGCAAGUUAAUUUAAAAUCAUAAAUAAUUUGGUUGAAAUUGCAUGUGAGAUAGUUUCGUAAUGUGUAGGUAGUUUCCUUUAACAUAAUACGAGGAAAUUAUAAAUUGUUGCUAAAUUCUGCUUAACUUAAAUUUAAGAAGAACGUUAUUUGAAAAUAUUCAUAUUUUAUUUACUUAAGUCUUUCAUUUUUACUGCAUUUAAAUGAAUGAGCUUUUUGAUAUUUAUGUUUAAUUUUUACUUAUCAUAAACUCGCAGCUGUAUUAGGUCCAAAUUCGAUAUUGUUUUGCUAUUGUUUCGUAAAUAAUAUUACUGCCCUUAUUACAUUUAUUCUUUUCAAUCUCCGAAUAUUUCGAUAGUUCAACUUAAAAGUUUUAAUUAGGACAAUUUAUUUAAAAAUAUUUUUAUGGUGCCAGUUUUCGAUAGCUUUAAAUUUAACGGAUAGAGGAGAAAAUCAUUUAUUUAAUCACGUGUCAUUUGCUCAGUCAGGAAUCAACAGUUUGGCAAAUACGCGAAAAUAAUAUUUAACGUUUGUAUGAAGUAUUGGCAGCAUCAAUAUCCUGCUCGUGACUACAAAAAAAAAACAUAUUUUUUUAAAGCAACAGGUUCUUAAACUCAUUUUAAUGAAAAGUAAAAAUACCAAAAGCUCUUUUUGCAUUGACAAAAAAAAUCUCUGAGGACAUUGCUGGUCAAAAUCUAAGUGAAAUCAAACAGCAAAACUACGGAAAGCUUUCUUUGUAGAGCCGAUAAAGGAAUUCUCCAUAGACAUUGAUGAUCAAAAUCUAAGUGAAGUCAAACAGCAAAACUACAAAAAACUUUCUUUGCAAAGUCGAUAAAGAAAUUCUCCAUAGACAUUGGUGGUCAAAAUCUUAGUGAAGUCCAAACAGCAAAACUACAGAAAACUUUCUUUGCAAAGUCGAUAAAGAAACUCUCCAUAGACAUUGAUGGUCAAAAUCUUAGUGAAGAUAAACAGCAAAACUAACGGAAAUCUCUUUUUGUAGAGCAUAUAAAAAAAAUCUCCACUGACAUUGAUGAACAAAAUUUAAGUGAAGUCAAACAGCAAAACUACGGAAAACUUUCUUUGUAAAGUCGAUAAAGAAAUUCUCCAUAGAUAUUGAUGGUCAAAAUCUUAGUGAAGACAUCAGCAAAACUAUUGAAAGCUUUCUUAGUAGAACCGAGAAAAAAAAAUUCUCCAUAGAAAUUAAUGGUCAAAAUUUAAGUGAUGGUAAAAGAAGAAGUCAAUCGAGUCUAACAACAAGAGUAGCAAAAUUUUUUCUACUUGGUGCCAGUAAAAAAAAUUCACCAAACACGCUACUAGUAAACCUCUAAAUGACGGUAAAAGUCUAUCAUCUCUAUUUCUGAUAAUAAAUAUAGAUAAUCAUCACUGGAUAUAACUCUAAAUAAAAUAGCUGGCUUUGAACAUCUCUUUCUCAAAACACUUGUUGGAUUUCACCUUCCAUCUCAUAAAAAAUGAUGCGCAGAUUUCCCUGGCACAGGUUCUAAGAGUAAUUAAAGUUCUCAAGGAAGAUAAAGAAUAAAAAAAAAAGUAAAAAAGCAAUAUCUCACCAAGGGAUGAAAUUAUAAGAAAAAAAAAAGGAUAAGGCAGGAAGAAGCUCAGGAGAAAAAAGACAGUGGGGGGAAGAAUUUACCGGAAACAGACCCCCACAGACCUAACCCACGUGGCGCAACUAACCUCACACACACACACACUCCCCCACAAGAGCAUCAUCUUCAAGAGUUUUUAUAAAGUCACUGUCUUUACAAUCGUCAACCGAAGUGGCAUCGCACGGACUUCUCCGGGAUGUGGUGCACCUCUUGAAUCUGUUGUGAUCAUCCGUGGUUGAGAAGUGACUUUAUUUUUAUAUGAUUCUUAUAUCCAAGAGGACUUAUUUUUGUGAUACACUUUGAAGAUGCCUCGAGCUUUUCUAAUUAAAAGAUACAAAUCAGCUGUGGACUAUGAAGAUAAUCAAAUACUGUCGAGAGAGACGAGCCCGGAACGGGGAGUGUCGACGGCUGAAGGUCCCUCUUUCUGCUCACCCCCUUACUGCGACAGUGAAACGGACUCCAUCGGAUAUGAGAACUUGAAACCAACAAGUCCCCGAUCUCCGGCUCAUGAGUCCAGGUCACAGCAGCAAAGUCCUACAUCUGAUGAUGGACAACCCUUGAGUCUGAUGACAUUUCAUCCAUCUCCUCAAAGUACUCCACCUUUAGUAGCCUACAGAAGUGUUUCUAUGAGCCCACCCAUAACAAACAGUACUUACCGUCCUUACCAGAGUACAACUUCUGCUCUUGUCACUGUCAUCCGACAGUUAAUGCAACAACAACAACAUCAGCCAAAUAUACGUCAACAAUCUCCUGACAGUAGUCCCUGUUCUACCAGCCGUAGUUCCCCAAUUUUGUCUUCCAGUAACCAGCAGCAAGACAGCCACAUUUGCAAUGAAUGCGGAAAACGAUACAGCACUUCUAGCAAUUUAGCUAGACACCGACAAACCCAUCGCAGUGUCACGGAUAAGAAAGCACGCAAAUGUCCACACUGUGACAAAGUGUAUGUGUCCAUGCCAGCCUAUAGCAUGCAUGUCAGAACCCAUAGUCAAGGCUGUCAGUGCCCCUACUGUGGCAAAUGUUUCAGCAGACCUUGGUUGCUGCAAGGUCACAUUCGGACCCACACAGGUGAAAAACCAUUCAAGUGUCCAGUAUGUCGAAAAGCCUUCGCCGACAAAUCCAACCUCAGAGCUCACAUUCAAACACACUCCAGCAGCAAGCCAUAUGUUUGCCAGCGUUGUGGUAAAGCUUUUGCUUUGAAAAGCUAUCUCUACAAGCAUGAGGAAUCUUCCUGUAUGAGAGUUCACCGGCAACAGCAACAACAACAGCAACUGGAUCAAAAUAAAAAUGUCAUCCUGGAUUUGGUGACUAAUAAAGAGUCUUGCGAUAGAAAAAUAUCGCCCUCUGCCUUGCUGGGAAGAGGAUCGCCUGUUCUUGUGAGUUAGAAUAUUAUGAUCUCUGUGAAAAGAUUCUAUGUAAACAUUAAACAAUUGUCAUUAAAACACGGAAUGAAUUUAUCCAUUGUACGUGUACCAAAGAUGCAUUGAGCAAUCUUACUAGUGGAACAUGGAGUGAAUUAUCCAUUGUGCCUGUACCAAAGAUGACUGUGAUGCUUUCCUGAUCAUAUUUUUAUUGACUGUAAGCUUAAUUGAUAAUGCAGUUAGCUGUAUUACAGGGUCCAGAUAUAUUUUUAUAGCGUUGGCAUAUGAUUUUAAGAGCCUUUUUAUCCGCUGUAAAAAAUUGCCUUGAAGUUUAUAACAAAAGAUGAAAAGUUGCCACGCAUUUUAUAUUUUCUUACUUAGAACAUGACAAAUAGCUACCAGAAGUUGUAGAGCGUUGCGAAUUUCAAUUUUCGACUGAUUCGUAAAAGCUUUAGGAAAGAUUUUACAUGUUUAGAAAAGCAUACUUGAUAAUUUUUUAACAUACUUUUUUUAUUGAAACUGAUACUUAAAAAUUUGAAAUUGAUAUUUAUAUUUUAAUUUCGCUAUUUUUUUUAAUAAACAAACUAAAUUGUUCAUUUAUGCAGAAAAGUCAUUCCAUAUUUCUAAUUUAGUUGAAAAAAGAGCAAAAUAAUAAACUAAGUUAAAAAAAAAAGAUAAGAAAUGCCUCAUAAAACUUAGUACUAAAACUUAUUCUACAUAGAAUUUUUCACACCAAAUUAAAGAUCUUGCUUCCUGAUGGUAAAGUAUAAGUAAACUCUAUGAAUUAUGUUUUAAAUUUUGGCAAAUUUAGAAAUUAUUCCUACACAAUAAUCUACUACCCAAAAACGUGUUUUCAUAUAAUUUAUUUUUUACUUUUCUAGAAAAGUUUGUUUCUGAAAAUGCAGAAUCGUUUCUCUAAACGAUUCCUUGCUGUUGAAUCGAUCCUAUCAUUCAAGAAUCCUUAAUUUACAUCAUUUUUUGCUUCUUUUUUUUUUACUAAAUAUCAUUACUUAAUUUCUAAUUAAGUAUUAAGUCUUAUUAUUCAAUUAGCUACUGCAUAUCAGAGCAUUCUCUGGGUUACUAUUUGUUUCACAGAAAUCAGUUAGUUGUGUUAAAUCAGACGCUAUUUUUAAUAUAUUUCUAAAGGAAAAUGUGAACGCAGAUUUGCCAUGCAUUUUAAACUUGACAUCAAAAAAUUGACAUUAUUAACGCCUCGAACAGCGUAAUUAACGUCAUGUUUAAACUAAUAUGAUUGCGCAUACAACUAUAUUCUCUAAAGUUGAUAAAUAGAAAUUUCGUUGUUAAAUGUUAUUGUGGAGAAACUCCUAAGCUCUUUUGUAAGCUUUAUAAAGCUUUGCAACAUGAGAAUAAAAAUAACAAAUCUGUAAUAUUUCUUUGUUUUUUUAAUAUCCUUGCUUAUUAACUUUCCUAAUGUUUUUAGGGCAAUAAAAUUCGUGAAAUAAAAUUUUUAAAAAAAGAAAAAAAAACGUAAAACGAUUUUAAAAAUUUCACGUUAUUCAAAACUUUAUUCAAAAAUAAUAAUCAGAAAGUUAUUCUUAGAUAUGCAGAUUUCGAAUCGAAUGAACGAUAUUUUGUAUUUGAGAUUACGAUCUCGAAAGUUGAUGUGGACCAAAGAGUUAGAGUUAGAGCAAAAUAUAUUUUUUGUUUUUAAAUCUAUGUUAGUAAGUUUUUAUUCGAAUAUUCUAGCGUAUUUUUAAAGUAGUUCACAGAAUUCCGGUGUACCAGAAUGAAUGAUACUGAAAGUAAAAAGAAAAAUUUUCACAAUUUUACUAUUUGUUCGUUUUUUAUUAUAGUGACGAAUAUAAAAAUUCAAAAAAAAAUUUACUUUCGUGGUAUUUUAACGGUUCUUAAAGGGACUAACAGGGUUUGUGUUAAAGAUGAUUAUAUGAUUAUGAAAGGUUUUAAGAAAUAUAUAAUGCCAAAUAUAGUAAAUGAAAUAUUUUAUUUGCUUUUCUUUUAGUUCAUAUUUAUUACUUAUUUAUUUAUUAGAAUUGUUUAUAAUUAUUGUAUAUCUAGUCAGUGAAUUUAUUUCUUUUUCUUUUCUAUACUUUUUUCAAAAUUCUUCUAUUUCUGUUUCUCUAAAGCUGAUAAAUGUUACUGAAUUUUGAUUUAGAAAAAACUUGUAAAAACAAAUUUAAUAUAUUCUUUUUGUUUAUGUGUGUAUUGUCGUUUAAUAUCAAAGUGUAGGACUCACUGCAAUAUUGUAUGCAAUAGUGUGCGUGCUGCAUUUUAUAAGCUUUAAAAGUGUGCAAUUUUUUAAGAUAUUUUCUACUGAAGCGUUAAAUUUUGUCUUGCUUGUUUUUAUACCAUUUUAAACCAUUUUUAUUGAUUGAAUAAAUAUAUUGAUUUCCAA